AUGAAGAGUGUCUUCAAAGGUAGCCUGCUGACUGCGGCUGCAUUGCCGGCGCUGGCAUCCGCAGCUUGUAUAUCUUCCGGAGACCAGAGCGUAAUCAACAAUGCCUUCCAAUCUGGAGGAGCAAAUACCGUUGUUCAACUCUGCGCCAAUGCUUUGAUUCAGAUCACCGAUCAAAUCACCUUCACCGCCGAUGGCCAGGAGCUCUCCACACAGGGCUACCCUACUGACAGCUCUAGAGCUACCAUCGAGGUCGCUGUAGGCAGUUCUGCUAGCACUUUGAUUCACGCUAGAGAUCUCAACAACAUUCGCAUCAAGAAUAUCCAGCUGGAAGGUAACCGACAGAAUGCUGGCUUUUUACCAGGCGGCGACGCCAACAUCAUCAUUGGUGGUGUCACUUCCGGCGGCCAGGUCGUCUCGAAUGUAGCAUCGCGGAACACCCGCAGCUGGAGCUGUCUUCAUGUUAUUGGCUCUGGCCAGGAUAGCAACCCCUGCAGAAACGUUACCCUUACCAACAAUGAUAUUGGUCCCUGUGGUCAGUCUGGCACCGAUUCCAAUGGUAACGGCCUGUGGGCCGAUGGUAUCUCACUGGACUGCACUGCCUCUUUAGUACAGGGAAAUACUAUUACGGGUAGCACAGAUGGUGGUAUUGUUCUCUUCGGCUCUCCUGGUAGCACCGUCACCGGUAACACUAUCAUAUCAUCUGCGGAUUAUCUAGGAUUUGGUGCCAUCAAUCUUGUCGAUGAUGAAUACGACGGUAGCUACGCCGGCGUGACCGUUACUAACAACAAAAUCCAAGGCAAUAAAUUGUUCAACAUUGGUAUUGGCAUUGGCUCGAAUGUCUGGUCUUUCAACGACCCCUCGGCACUGUCCGGCCCAGUCACCAUCACUGGCAAUACCAUUAGCGGACAUGUCAGCUUCCCCAUUGCCAUCAACGGAUGGACCAAUGGCAUCACAGUCACAGGAAAUACUGUAUCGGGCGUAACAUCUCCCAAGUCCAGCUUUGCUGAUGCUUCUCAAUGCAACUCAGCGAUUCAAAGCGUAUUCAACUCUAACGCAAAUCUCAUUUACUACCCUGCUGGAAUUUCUGGAUCUCAGAACCUCCAGUCUGGUUUUGUUGCCACUCCUGGUAACGCGACCAACUUCUUGUGCUCGACUUUGCCGCUGCCAAACUCGGUCACGUUCAGCCCCGGACAGCUGACUGUUGUUUCCGACUCCGGCCCAUUUGCCACUCUUCAUAAUGUUAUUGCUCAGUAUCAGGGCGAUAAUAACUUGGUGGUUCUCCAGGGAGGUACCCCUGUUUGGGCAUCAGGUCACACUUUGCCCAACGGUGGAAACUGCGGUAGCCCUUCCGGAUGCCGACUGAUUUUUGGAUCCGACGGUAACCUUGGAUCUUACUUCAACGGCGCCCAGCAGUGGAGCACCAACACUUCGGGCUCUGGAAAGUCCAUGGUUGUCCUAAACCAGUCCCCUUGGAUCCAGAUUAAGGACGGCUCUGGUAACGUUAUUUGGGAUACUACGAAAAGUCAAUAG